AUGGCCCAGGGCGCGGUGAUCCACAUGACCCCGGAGCAGCCCACCCAUGCCGUGUGUGUGCUGGGCACCAAGACUCAGCUGGAUGUCUACGGCUCUGCCCCCAUGGGCUACACGUCCUUCAGCAUCAAUGCGUCCCCAGGAGUGGUUGUGGAUGUUGCCCACAGCCCUCCAGCCAAGAAGAAUACCACAGGUUCCUCCAAGUGGUCCUUGGACCCUAGCCUGGAAGUGAGCUUGCGGAUGAAAGCUGCCAGCAGUAGCACAGGUGACCAGAAGGUUCAGAUUUCAUAUUAUGGACCCAAGACCAACCCCAUCCAAGCCCUGCUCUAUGUCACUGGUGUUGAAAUCUCCUUGAGCACGGACAUCGCCCGCACUGGCAAAGUGAAGCCCAUCGGUGCCAAGAAGGGCCAGAGGACCUGGACCUGGGGACCGCGCGGGCAAGGCGCCAUCCUGCUGGUGAACUGUGACAGAGACAGUCCCAAAUCUUCCACCAUGGACUGUAGGGACAAUGAUGUGCUGGACAGCCAAGACCUGCAGGACAUGUCCCUGGUGACCCUGAACACCAACACCCCCAGGGACUUCUUCACCAAGCACCGGCUGCUCCUCCACGUGUCCAAGUCGGAGAUGGACAAAGUCAGAGUGUUUCAAGCCAACCGAGGCAAAGACAUCUCCAGGUACAGGGUGGUCCUGGGGCCCCAGCAGCCCAGUCACCCCCUGGAGCUCCCAGGCGGCCAGCACAGCGUGGACUUCUACGUGGAGGGCCUCUCUUUCCCAGACGUCAACUUCCCGGGGCUCAUUUCCCUCACCAUUUCCCUGCUGGACACAUCCAACCCGGAUCUUCCCGCUGCCCUGCUUUUCCAAGACAGCGUGGUCUUCCGUGUGGCCCCCUGGAUCAUGACCCCAAACACUCAGCCCCCAGAGGAGGUGUACGUGUGCAGGGUGUUUGAAAAUGAGAACUUCCUGAAGUCGGUGAUAGCUCUGGCCAAGGAAGCCAAGUGCAAGGUCACUGUCCCCUCCAAGGAGCAGAACAACGAUGACCGGUGGAUGCAGGACGAGAUAGAAAUCGGCUACAUCCAAGCCCCACACAAGACCCUGCCUGUGGUCUUUGACUCUCCGAGGAACAGGGGCCUGAAGGAGUUCCCCAUCAAAUGCCUGCUGGGCCCAGAUUUUGGCUACGUGACUCGCGAAACCGAGAAUGGAGAGCCUUCUACCUUUGACUCCUUCGGAAACCUGGAAGUGAGCCCCCCGGUCAAGGUUGGGAAGAAGAAAUACCCUCUGGGCAGGAUCCUCUUUGGGGGCAGCAGCUACCCCAGCGCCGAGAACCACGAGAUGCACCAGGCCGUGCAGGACUUCCUCAGCGCCCAGCAGGUGCAGGCCCCGGUGAGGCUGUACUCCGACUGGCUGUACGUGGGCCACGUGGAUGAGUUCCUGAGCUUCGUCCCAGCUCACAAGAAGGGCUUCAGGCUGCUCCUGGCCAGCCCCAGGUCCUGUUACAGACUGUUCGAGGAGCAGCUGAAGAAGGGCCACGGGGAAGCUGCGCUGUUUGAAGGCAUCAAAAGAAAAAACCAGAAAAUAAAGGACCUUCUGAAAGACAAGAAACUGAAAGAACAUAAUUCAUACGUGGAGAGCUGCAUCGACUGGAACCGAGAGGUGCUGAAGCGAGAGCUGGGCCUGACCGAGCGGGACAUCAUCGACAUCCCCCAGCUCUUCAAGCUCCAGGAGGAGGUCAAAGGGACCCUCAAGGCCGAAGCCUAUUUUCCAAACAUGGUGAACAUGCUGGUGCUGGGCAAGCACCUGGGCAUCCCCAAGCCCUUCGGACCCAUCAUCAACGGCCGCUGCUGCCUGGAGGAGAAGGUGCGCUCCCUGCUCGAGCCGCUGGGCCUGCACUGCACCUUCAUCGACGACUUCUACGCCUACCACGUGCGGCACGGGGAGGUCCACUGUGGCACCAACGUGCGCCGGCAGCCCUUCUCCUUCAAGUGGUGGCACGUGGUGCCCUGA